UUUUACGCCGCGCCCCUAAACAUCGUAUUUACUAUCUAUCUAUCGAAACACCAUGCAACCUAGCGUAUUUGAACUGCUAAGUACCUCAGACAAUCAAUAUGGGCACAGGUCCUUCUACAAGAAUCACGCGGCGUCAACUCCCUGUAACACCAGCUUACGCAUUUACCGACUUUAAAGCACAAGGACAGACGAUUGAUCACGUUUUAGUGGACAUUGGAAGAACGACAUGUUUUCGCCUAUCUCCCUUCAAUGCAUACAUCGCACUAUCCAGAAGUCACGGCCGAGAAUGCAUACGUCUUCUCAGAGACUUCGACAAUGAUCUAUUCCUUCAACAUCCAAACGAAGACCUUCGGAUAGAAGAUAACAGGAUUGAGCGACUCGCGGAGGAAACGAAAAAGUGUUUCUCGAGGACAGAC